AAAAACCCGCCCACCACCCCCCCCCCCCUCGGGUCUGAUUUCAGUUCCGCCUGCAGCUGUUCCUGGACGGGGUUGGCCAGUCCUCCUAAAUCGCCUUGGCAGAAAGACCGUGUUGUUCAAGGUGAGCACCUUGUCCUCAUUCAGUCCAGUUGGAGGAGGUACCCCUGAUCACAAGAUGGUAAUCGUAGACUCAGAUGGAUAAAACCAGGGUUUAAUGCAAUUGAUUGGUUCUCCUCGGUUUUAAAUGGAUCCCUCUGGAUCUGAGUCCAGUUGCAAUAGGUAAAGUUCGGCACUAUCUCCCAGCCUGAAACCAGAACUGCUUUUCUCACUUCUGGAAGGUUGCAUGCCAGAUUUGGAUCAUAAACAAUGUCCAACUCAAAUGGAAUACCAUGGAUCUCUUUUGUUCUUGCCCCUACCUUGAAUCUAAACGUCCUGCUCUGGAUAACAAGCCUUGCCACGCAGAUCGGCCUCCUCACCUGCCAGGAAAACUACCCCAUAGUCACCACCAACUACGGGAAGCUCAGAGGGGUCAGAACACCUCUUCCCAAUGAGAUCCUGGGACCUGUGGACCAAUACCUUGGAAUACCGUAUGCCUCAGCUCCGACUGGCGAGAGGCGCUUCCAGCACCCAGAGUCCCCAUCCUCCUGGACCGGCGUUCGGAAUGCUACCCAUUUCGCCCCAGUCUGCCCUCAAAAUAUUCAUGGGAUUUUGCCUGACGUCAUGCUACCUGUAUGGUUUACCUCCAAUUUGGAUAUCGUGGCCACUUACAUUCAAGAUCAAAGCGAAGACUGCCUUUACCUGAACGUCUAUGUCCCGACUGAGGAUGAAAUCUUACAGGGUAAAAAGAUCAAAAGCAACAAAGUGGAAUGAUUGAACAAUAUAGGUCUUCACUGUCAAUGAGAAGCACUGGAGCCCCAAGGUGUCUCUGUGUGAUACAAUUUUUAAGAGGCCAGAGGAUAAAGACUGAAUGGUUCACAAUUGUAUCUGUGUUUUCUUGAUCAGCAAG